UGGAAGGGAAGAUUUGCUCUUUAAGGUACGGAGUAUUUUAUAAAUAGGUCUACCCGGUCUGAUUCGCUAGAUUAUCAUCUGGUGAUACUAUUCUACCGCCUCGUUAUUGUGAUCUACCUCCUCUGGAAUCUACCGAUUCUUCGCUCCUUCGCUUUCUAUCUCUAGGACAUGUCUACAAGUAAUAUAUAUGGUUGGGAUUUCAUCAGAAGCACCUGGGAAUGGAAGGAACGACAAGCACACCUUGAUGAAUGGAAGGAAGUGGAUCCUGAUUUGAAGCAGCUGGGUCGUGUUCUGGCAGAUCAGUUUCCGGAUCCACCGGAAAAAACUGUUAAAACUAUGACGAAUGGCUAUGCGCAUGUGGUGGACUUCGUGCGAUGUGAACCGCCGGUUGAACGGGACCCAAUCUAUUUGGGGUUGGCACCUCCAGGCACCUGCGGCAGGCGAAGGCUGACUACGAGAUUUCUGGAAGAAUGGCCUAAGCAGGGGGUGCCGGCUCAUGUGUCCUACGAUUACACACCGAAGACACCACCUGCUUUUUCGCCCACCCAACCAACAUACUCACCAGCAUAACAAUCCAGGCUCCGGCCGGGAUUCUGCAUGGUUCCCCUACUAUUUAUCUUCCUACAUUAAGCUAGAUCAAAUAAAUUAAUGUGUUUAUUAGACCUGUAUCCCAUUCCCAUCCGUGGCUGACUUUCAACUUUCCUGAACACACAUAUGGCUCGGCUUCUUCCUUUCAAGCUAUUUUCCAUCACUAUUUACUUAUUAUGCAAUACUCCCUCCCUCCCCAAAAAAUUCUUUGUUCAUUUUAUG